AUGACACAAGGCGAGCCUCCAUCAGCAGUAGCUGACAAUGGUGAAGAGUACAAGAAACUUAUCCUGUGCUUCGAUGGCACUGGCAACACUUUCAGCGGCACCAAUGCCGAUACAAACGUGGUGAAGAUCCUCCGCAAGCUCGACCGCAACAACCCCAACCAGUUCCACUAUUAUCAGACCGGCAUUGGCACCUACGAUGUCAAUGAGUCUUCUGUGAACAAGACUUACCUCGGUGAGAUGCGGAGUUCAUUCUCCAAGACUAUUGACCAGGGCUUUGGAACAACAUUUGACGCCCACGUCAUUGCCGGUUAUCGCUUCCUGAUGCGGUACUACGAGACUGACGCCAGAAUUUACAUCUUUGGCUUCAGUCGUGGCGCCUUCACAGCCAAGUUCCUCGCUCGCAUGGUGAACAAGGUUGGCCUGCUUUGCAAGGGUAACGAGGAGAUGGUCCCCUUUGCCUAUCGCCUGUACCAGCGUGCUCUCAAGUGCGAGAGUGACGAUCGUGUUGCCGCACAAAAGGAGAAGCAAACUGCUACUGGCCAGAGGACCAAAGUCUACACCAACGGUAGUCAUUGCAAGGAUCAAGUCGAGCACCUACUGGGCGGUGAUGCCGUCGUCAAGGAAAGUAAGGCAACGCAGGCGGCGACCAAGGAGAUUGAGGCCUUCAGCCAAACCUUUUGCCGAAAUGCAGGCGACGUUUCCAAGCACAAGAACAUCAAGGUCUUCUUCCUCGGCAUGUGGGACUGCGUCAACUCGGUCGCAGUUGUUGAGAAGAGUGCUCCGGCCCCAGUUGGUGUUGCUGGCACAGCUGAACAUGUCCGUCACGCUGUUGCUGUCGAUGAGCGACGCGUCAAGUUCAAGCCUGCCCUUCUUGCUCAAGACAUUCGACAUAACCACCAUGAACACGACAAGUUUGAGGAUGUCAAAUUGGACGACAUCCAUGAAGUUUGGUUCCCCGGUAACCAUGGUGACAUUGGCGGCGGAUGGCCGGCCCUCGACUUGCCCGAGAUCGAACACAUGGGCUUUUGGCAACGAAUCAAGCACUACUGGACGACCUCGAAAGCCAAGAACCAGGAUGAACCACUUGACGACUCACGCUUGCAGAUGAGCGACAUGGCAUUGGAGUGGAUGAUCCGAGAGGUCGACAUUGUGGGCCAGAAGGAUCCCAAGUCCAAAGUUCACUGGUGUCCCACUGGUCUGGCCACGUUCAAACAGUUAAUGGACGAUGAAGAAAAGGUUAAGAAGCUGGUGAUCGGCGGAUUCAUGCACGAUUGCCUGUCCUUUGGCCGUGGAACUGCCCUGUUCAAAGUCAUGAUGUGGAAGUUCAUGGAAAUUUUGCCGUUCAUUCCACGAUGGGAACUGAAUGACCUUGCCGAGAAGGAAGAAGAUAAGGGAUGGGAGCCUUACCGCGGCUGGCCCAAUAAGGGCGCCUACCGCGACAUCCCACGAAGAGCAGUUCUUCACAACUCCCUGAAGCGUCGACUAGAAGAGGUCAAGAGCUAUUACCCAAAGAACAAUCAUGGAGCCAGGGAACCAUGUUUGAGGCCCAACCACAAGGAAGACAUCGCCAUGAUGGACGAGGUGCCACUCAACUUUGUCGUCGAUUACAAAGAUGCGGUCACGGAGGCCGCUAGAACUAAGAGGGAGGAGGAGGUGAAGGAGGAGGAGCCAUGGCAUGUUAGACACCAGACCUGGCAGCUCAACCCACCCGGGGCCAUUCAACUCUGCUAG